UCGCCAACUGAAUCGGGCGCCCACCUGCGUACGAGCGUACGUCCACCGCUCAACUCUCACGCCCCUCCCUAUACGCUCUUGCUGCUUACCAUUCGUUCUUCCUCCUUGUCGAUCUUCUCUCACUCACAGCGUGUGACACUACCCACGUCUACGGCCCAGCGGGCUCGCACUCGCUGAAGCCGCCGCACCGGGCCACAUGGCAGCAAACGGCACCGGCGGCCGGACGAAGCCGAAGCCGCAUGCGGUGGUGAUACCGUACCCGCUCCAGGGCCACGUGAUCCCGGCGGCGCACCUUGCGCUGCGCCUGGCGGCGCGCGGGUUCACCGUCACCUUCGUCAACACGGAGUCGGUGCACCAGCAGGCCGCGCGCGCCCUGGGCGUCGACCGGCGGGGCUGCGACAUCUUCGCCGGCGCGCGCGGGUCGGAGGACGUGCGGUACGAGCUGGUGAGCGACGGCUUCCCGCUGGGCUUCGACCGGUCGCUGAACCACGACCAGUUCAUGGAGGGCGUGCUGCACGUGCUCCCGGCGCACGUGGAGGAGCUGCUCCGCCGCGUGCUCGGCCGCGUCGUCGUCGACCCGGCCGCGACGUGCCUCGUCGCUGACACCUUCUUCGUGUGGCCGGCGACGCUGGCCAGCAAGUUCGGCAUCGCGUACGUGUCCUUCUGGACGGAGCCCGCGCUCAUCUUCAACCUCUACUACCACGUUCACCUGCUCACCAACAACGGCCACUUCGGAUGCAACGAGCCUCGGAAGGACACGAUCACCUACAUCCCAGGCGUGCCGGCGAUCGAGCCGCACGAGCUCAUGUCGUACCUUCAAGAGACGGACACCACCAGCGUGGUGCACCGCAUCAUCUUCAAGGCGUUCGACGAGGCGCGGGGCGCCGACUACGUCCUCUGCAACACCGUGGAGGAGCUGGAGCCGUCCACCAUCGCCGCCCUCCGCGCCGAGAAGCCCUUCUACGCCGUGGGGCCCAUCUUCCCCGCCGGCUUCGCACGCAGCGCCGUCGCCACCUCCAUGUGGGCCGAGUCCGAUUGCUCCCACUGGCUCGACGCGCAGCCGCCGGGCUCCGUGCUCUACAUCUCCUUCGGGAGCUACGCGCACGUCACAAAGCAGGAGCUGCAUGAGAUCGCGGGUGGAGUCCUGGCCAGCGGCGCGAGGUUCCUGUGGGUGAUGCGGCCGGACAUCGUCAGCUCUGACGACCCGGACCCGCUGCCCGAGGGGUUCGCGGCCGCGUCCGCCGGGCGCGGGCUGGUGGUGCCGUGGUGCUGCCAGGUGGAGGUCCUCUCCCACGCCGCGCUGGGUGGCUUCCUCACGCACUGCGGGUGGAACUCCGUCCUGGAGAGCGUGUGGGCCGGAGUGCCCAUGCUCUGCUUCCCGCUGCUCACCGACCAGUUCACUAACCGGCGGCUCGUCGUGCGGGAGUGGCGCGUCGGCGUGCCCAUCGGGGACCGUGGCGCGGUGUUCGCGGAUGAGGUGAGGGCGAGGAUUGAGGGCGUCAUGUCCGGGAAAGAGGGUGAGGAGCUCCGGGAGGCGGUGAAGAAGAUGAGGGCGACGCUCGAGGCCGCCACGUCGCACGGCGGGUCAUCGCAGCGGAGCUUCGAUGAGUUCGUUGAUGAGCUAACGUGCCGUUGCGGCGGAUGUUAAGCUGAGCCGGCCGAUGGGCCAGAAGCGCGCAUGUCAGGUGUUGGGGAAGUGGCCGCGAAUAAGCGUCUUUGUACUCUUGUCUUGUGUGUAGUAUGUGCCCGGUCAUUGACUCAGUGCCAUGUGGUGCAAUCGGUAAGUGGUAUAGAUCAUCAAUGGACGUGGAAUGUGAUUCUAUUUUCCGUAAUGUCUUAUGAGAUCCUCAUUUA